AUGGCUGAGGCUCUUACCUUAGAAUUAAAAGAAUCUCUUAUCGAAAAGCAGCUGGCCGGCGUGACGGGCGAGUACCGCUCGAUUCGACUCGAUGAGUGGAGGAAUGGUGACAAGAUCCACCGCAAUUGGACGUACAUCAACUGCGAGCCGCUGAUGGCUGGCGAGGUGUUGUCGCGCCCGUCCACCCCAGCUGCCGUCAAAUCAACAACGACCGUGGUGAAGAAGAGCGGCAAGGCCGACCCGCCGUCCCCGAAGGAGCGCCGUCGCAAACAGGACAUGGUCCUCGCCAGGGAGCUUGCCGAGAUGGAAGAAGACGAGAAGCGCCGCAAACAGCGCGCCAAGUCGCAGCCCAAGACUGAGCGCACGUGUGCGGAGCCCGAGUCGACGGAGAUGCGCGAGCGCCAGAGCCGCAUGAAGUCGGUGAUGCGCGUGGCCGAGCUGCUGGCCCGCGAUCCGGAUGGGCAGAUGAUGUGGCGUCAGAUGGCCGACAGUGUCCACAAGGCUGCCCUGAAUAUUCGCCAGUGCAAGGACGCUGCCGGUCGUGUGCUGAAGCCGGGCGAGGGCGAUGAGUGCGAGCGUAUGAUCAACUAUGUGGACGCCGAGGUGGCCAAGCUGACGAAGGCCGUGCUCCCCGAGAAA